UAAAAACAGACUUUGUUUAUUUUUCAGGUCGCUGCUGAAAGGUGCACGGACUAGUUAUCUUUGCUCAUCAGUUUUCCCAUGCUCUUGUCAGAUUUAUUGUGAAAGGAGUAGUAGUUAUAUAUUACUUUCAUAAAAAGAAAGUGUCGAAUUUAUUUUAUAUUAAUUUUGCUACUGCAUUUCAAAAUUGGGGGGUAUUAUAGCUGACGUUAUAUAGCGCGAGCAAGCAAACUGAGGAUCAAACGGUGGGGAUUGCUAUUAAACGGUAAACAACCAUUUCAAGACAGCGCCAUGGCGACUGAAGGGGAGACAUGGACCACCGUCCAAAAGCAUGAUGGGGUGUUAUCCUUCGACGAUGUGGACCAUCCCUAUGGCGAUGAGGACGAGGCUGCGCUCGAGGCGGAGGUGAACGGCAACUGGACGCCACAGGAGAAGGCGCUCCACGAGGCACGGCUCAAGGCCAAGGCCAAGCGGCGUGUGCGCAAAUCGUCAUCCCGCAGCGAGUCGCUCUCUGAGUCGCUGUCGGGUGAGCUGGCCGAUGGCGACUCCUACAGCUCCAAGGGCAAGGUGCCCGUCCCCAACGACCGCAAGUCCAGGACAGGCAAGGGCCGUGGCCUGCCCAAGAAAGGUGGCGCAGGGGGUAAAGGUGUGUGGGGAGCAGCCGGGAUGGUGUACGAGGUAGAGGAACCAGAUGUCAAGGACCCCAACUACGACGAGGUUGCACAGGGAGACACUGUGUACGCAACAGUUGUUCCAGAGGUGGACGAGAGGGAACUGGAGAAGACCGUCAACCCCAUCGUACGGGAGUACUUUGAGCACGGGGACACAAAAGAGGUCCAAAUGCUGCUGAAGGAGCUGAACCUGGGCCACCACAAGUACGAGUUCUCCAGCCUGGCAGUGUCCCUGUCUCUAGAGGGGAAGGCCAGCCACCGGGAGCUCACCUCCAGGCUGCUCCGUGACCUGGUCGGCAAGGUGCUCUCGGAGUCCGACAUGGCCCGCGCCUUCGACAAAAUCCUCAAAGAGCUGCCUGACCUUAUGCUGGACACGCCAGAGGCUCCACAGAUGCUGGGACAGUUUAUUGCCCGAGCCAUCGCAGACCACGCUCUACCUAUGGCAUUCCUGGACCGCUACAAAGGCAAGGUGGACUGCGACCACGCUAGAGCUGCGUUGGACCGCGCGGCGGUGCUCCUCUCCAUGAAGAGGGAGAUGGUGCGGCUAGACAACGUGUGGGGCGUGGGUGGUGGCCUCAGACCUGUCAAACACCUCGUCAAAGAGAUGAACUUUCUGCUGAAGGAGUACUUGGUAUCGGGAGAGGUGAAGGAGGCGGAACGCUGCCUGCGGGACCUAGAAGUUCCUCACUUCCACCACGAGCUUGUCUACGAGGCUGUUGUCAUGGUGCUAGAGUCCAAGGGGGACACGGCCGUCAAGAUGUGUAAGCUCCUCCAGGCCUUCUGGAAAAUUGGCCUCAUCACAGUGGACCAGAUGAACCGGGGCUUCCAGCGUGUGUAUGACGAGCUGCCAGAGAUUAACCUGGAUGUGCCUCAUGCCCACUCCAUCAUGGAGUCCUUUACAGACCUCUGCUACCAGGAGUCUGUUAUCACCAAACAGUUGAGGGACUCCUGUCCCUCCAGGGGGCGGAAGCGGUUUGUGAGUGAGGGAGACGGGGGCCUGAUCAAGAACUAGUGUGUAGGAGGGGGGGGGUUGCUCGACGCCCACCGCCCCUAGAUCCGCAGGCCUGAGGCUGGGCAGGCUCGCGGUCAGACUCCUCUGCUUUAUCUCCGACCCACUCAUCACCACCACACACCGACAUCAGGUGAAGGCGGACCGAGGAGAAAGGCCCGGGCGAUCUUUUUUUUUCUUUUUCUCUUUGGUCAUUUUUGUAAGAAAGCAACAAAAAAAAUGGGGUUGGUGAUUAUUCUUUUCAGUCUGUUCUUUGUCUUGAGUUGAGACCAUGGAGAAAGGGGGGGUCAAUGGAGUCACUUAAGAUGGCAUCAUGGGUUUAAAGGUCAACGGAGAAGUGGAAAGAGGAUUAUGUAUUGUCUUGUGCUGGCCACGGGUUAUUUUGGCUUGACAUUUUUAUUUGCUACACCAUUGACUGUCUUAAAUUUUUUAUUUUUGCUUAGCAUGUAUAACGCUCAUAAAAAAAAAUACAAAACACUUGUCAAAAAAGACAACUUGUCAGCAUACUGCAUUGCAAGCUCUUAUGAACUGAAUCGCUCUUUGGAAUGACCUGGACCUCUGCAUUUAUUUUUGGCCAAAGCGUUCUGUAAUUACAUAAAGACAGUUAUAUUUUUCUUUCUGUUGGUGGUUUUGCUCUGUGUCAGUUGGAUUAUUUCUGUCCACUCUACGUUUGUGUAUCUCGAUCCUAGGCAGGGUUGUUAAACUGUUUUAAGCACAGCAGCAGUUACAAAAGUCUGUCUGGUUUAUAAAAAGAGCCCAGAUCAGGGCCUUCCUCCUUCCCCUUAGUGGAGGAUUCUCCUGACUAGUACACUGUAAUUGAGUGUCAGAAUGGGAGUGGGGAAAUCGGCAUCUCGAAAUAUACAGUACAAAUACUCAGGAUCUCUAGAACCCCUCUUCCUUUCACUGAGCUGUUGAUAGACAAACUGGAACACCCUGCAGGCUUUUGUAGUGUGAUGUUUCAUUCACGAACUCCAACUGUUAGAUGUCAACCAGUGGAAUCUCUUUUAGGCAGACCUGGGUUUAAAAAGUAGGGUUAUCAUCAAAUACAUUAUUGCUCUUGAUUACACUUGUCUGGUCCAAUGGAAACAAUAAAUUAGUCUCCCUACCUUUGGCACUCCAGGCAGGCUACAUCAAAAGCUCAAUAACUAUGUGAAAGAAAAUACAUUUGAACCCAGGUCUGGCCCUAGGAGAGUGAGAAGAAAACAAGUCUUAUUGCUGAUCGAGUGUCUCGUAUGAGAAUGCAAUGGAUUUUUCCUGUCGUCUUUUAUGACCAAUGUAAAGUAAUAAGCUCUGAUUUGUAAUGUGAGGGUUCUGGAUGGGGAAAACAUACAGCUUGUCAUUGAUUUAAAAAAUCAUAACAAAACUGGGGUUGAGUGUCAUCACCCCCGUUUGUUUACAUAAACUGGUUUGGGAAUGGCUAUAAGAAUGAGCUAUUAGUGAGUGGUCAUCGCUACCUAGGGCUCAGAGGAUGUGCCUGAAGUCAGCGUUUACUCCGAGUCAUCAGCUCUGAAUCACAUGUUCCUGAUUGCCAUUCUCCAUACAAUCACUUAUUUUACAGUGUUUAAAUUUUGAGAAGUUCAUAACUGAUACAUAAAGGAAAAUCUUUAGUCUUGUUAUACAAAUCACACAACUGCAGUUUGAUAAGUAUCUCAAUCAUAUUCACAGUUCAAUGCAUUGUGUCCAGCUUAUGUGAAUAUGUCCAAAACGAAUACUGAGAGUUUUUAUACAUAAGCCCCACAGAGCCAUCUUUGUAUAGCUAUGAACCACUUUAAAAAAAGUUGGAACUGUUUGCAAUGCCCUUCCUCACGCAGUUAAUUUUACAAUUUCAAUAAAAUUCCAUAUUUCUC